UAACCCCCUCCUAUCCCUUGCUGCUAUUCUCCUCAUUUUUUUUGGAUGCUGCUUACUUGAAUUGAUACCCAUGGUAACUUGGGAUCGAAUCUCUGUCAAUUCUCCACGUUAUUCUCGCUCGCAUCGGUGUAUGGCUGGUGACAUACACUAGAUGUCGACUCAGCCGCAGAUCCCAUUACCCCAGGUUGGGAAGCUUGUCAGUGUGGUUCCGGUCGGUUUAAAGGAGGCUGCACUCGAUUCCCCCACGUUCCGUGCCGCCGCUCUUCACUUCUCCGACCAGAUCGAAUUCCUCGAGAGAUGGCUCGAUGGCUAUGCGAAAGCCACCUCCAAGCUCGCCACAGAACUGGCGGCAAUAGAAGGCGCCGUUAGCGUCUUUCUGUCCUACUCCACGAAUCCUUUAAUGGUCUCCGAAGCCGUCUUGGACCAUGAUUACACUCUACAGUCGAUGCGGAGAUGUGGUGACAGCUCAAAGGACAUGUGGAACGGAUUAGUGUCUACUGUCAAGAAGCUGGAAUCUUUCGUCUCCGAACCCAUAAGGGCAUUCAUUCAGGAGGACUUGCGGAACUUCAAGGAGAACCGUCGCACGCUCGGCGAGACACAGAAACAGUACGACUACUUGCUGGCCCGGUAUUCGUCACAGUCCAAAUCCAAAGAGCCCUCGGCGCUACGGGAAGAUGCCUUCCAGCUUCAUGAGGCCCGCAAAGCCUAUCUCAAAGCAUCGAUGGAUUUCUCAAUUCAAGCACCUCAGCUGCGGAACGCGCUUGACAGGUUGUUGGUUCGCGUCUCCUUUGAUCAGUGGCGAGAGCUCAAGACCUUCCAUACCAACAAUGGUAGCUCAUUCGCAAAGUGGGCUCACGAAAUGGACCGCAUCAAGGGCUGGGUGCACGAAAUGGAUGGAAAUGAGAAGUCUGCCAAGCGGGAGCUUCUGGCUUCUAGGAAGCAGAUCGAGGAGGCUGCAGAAAUCGCAGCUAGGCCAUCUCGUGAGUUAGAUGAUUACUCUGUAUCCACAGUCCCAUACCUUGGCUCGCGUCCUCUGUCGAUAAAUAGCAUGUCGAAAGAGGCAAGACCUGAGAAGCAAGGGUGGUUAUAUCUUCGGACUCUCUCGGGUAAACCUACACGCACUGUCUGGGUUAGGCGCUGGUCCUUUCUGAAACACGGUAUCUUUGGCUGUCUCGUCCAGGGCACUCGCACCGGUGGUGUUGAGGAGAGCGAACGUAUUGGUGUCCUACUCUGCAGUAUUCGACCGGCUUUUCAAGAAGACCGGAGGUUCUGUUUCGAGGUCAAGACGAAGAGUAACACCAUUAUGCUCCAGGCUGAGACACAGAAAGACCUGAUGGAUUGGAUUGCCGCCUUUGAGGCUGCUAAGCGCAAGGCUCUCGAAAAUCCAUCGAGCACCGACCUCUCCGUGUCCGGCAAAGUCACUGUUCAGGACCCUGCUUUUGCAAUUUCUCAACCCCCAGCGCCGGAAUUUGCCGCUGAUCCUGCCGACUCUCUCACGCCUCAUACAAGCGAUGAGCAGGGCUCGUCCGAUCGCAUUGGGAUGCUCUCGCUGCCAGAGAAGGAUCCGUCUGCUCUUCGCAACAGUAGCGACUUCAGCAGCUACCGGAGGUUGACGACACUGGACUCUGACAGCCCUGCCCGCGAACACACUUCACGUCUCAUGCAGAAGCUGGAUCUUCACCGCAAAUCAAAUAAUAAUACAGUGCAGUCCUCGCAAUCUAUCCCCGGAGUCGCAGGCGGGAUUGCUAGUCUCAUCACCGCAAGUCAUAGUGCUAUUGCUUCUGGAAGUACUCUACCCGUUGACCCCGAUGGGACUAGAUCCCGUAGCUCGACUCUUGGUAAUGAUUCUCCCACAACCCUUGCCCCGAUGACGUUGGCCAACCCCCCUGCUCCGACCAGUAUGAGCAAGGCUGCUGUAUUCGUGAGCAAUGAACGUGGUAUAGGACUCGGUCAAAUCGACAAGACAGGUGGAAUGCCCAGCGGCAUGAUGGCGAACUUGUGGGGUAGCUCCAAUUGGGGCUUCUUGAACAGGUUUGAGCCUGAGCGACUGGGACUGCCGGCCGAUCAGGACCCGGACAAGCCACCUGCUCAAACGAAAGAUCCCUCUAAACAAUUUCUGAUCGCAGAAGCCGACACUUCGAGUGGAUCUGUCACGCCUAAACCACAGAAGACCGGGUCGCGCCAUAGACCGACGGUGAGUUUGGACGGCGACUCGUCUAAAAUACAGCAAGCGCUCAUGGGUGAUUCGCACGACUACCCUAGCUUCUAUCCACCGCAGCUUAAAAUUCAUGAUGCCCAAUUCCGACUGCUUUUCCCCGAUAUCAAGAAGGAUGAGCCUUUGGUUAUGGUAUUCCGGGCCACAUGGAGCCCGAACGACCAGCAAGAUUUCCCUGGGAGGGCUUAUGUCACAACCCAAAAUAUCUAUUUCUACAGCCACCACUUCGGUCUGGUACUGACGACAAGCAUAUCUCUGGAAAGCAUUAAAGAGAUCACUGCUGCUACUGGUAGAGAUUGUGACUUUUUGUUUGUACACCUGAUACCUCUUCCUGGCGACGACACACCAAGUCGUGGAACGAUUAAAACCUUCCUGGAGCCACUAAGACUCCUUCAGAGGCGACUCAACUUCCUUAUACACAAUAUGGCGGCUGCCGAACCUCUGGGACUGGAAGCCAUUUUCAAGACUUUGAUCAGAAUGGAGACAGAGGCAAUGACACGGACACCAAGCCUGGAUAGCUGGGAGGACGUGGGCGCUGGGGGCGACAAGAACGACCUCAGUGAUGCGCCGACAGGAGGCUCUAAGAAGGACUCUCGCUUACCUAUCUACAUUGACAAUGACCUCAACAUGCACAAAAAGCACGGCAAUGGCAAGGACAUUCCAAAGUUCCGACUUCCCACUCAGCCUGUUCAGUAUGUUCCCCAGGGGAAUCUUCACUUGGCUGCAGAGAAGGUGUUCGACAUCAGUCCUAAAGCAGUGUUCCACAUCCUCUUCGGGGAUAAGAGUGCUGUGUGGCAGCUGCUUCUGCAUCAACGAAAUGCUCAGGGUAUCAAACAAGGGCCCUGGACCAGACAUGAGUCCAAUCAUCUAAGGCGGGACUUCAACUACUCAAUUGAGACCACCGAUAUUCUAGGGGCCAAGCAUAGCCAAACCAUCUCAGAUUACCAAAUGAUCGACGUUCUCAAUGACCACCUUUGUUACGUCAUCACGGACAAACGCACUCCCUGGCACCUCCCAUUCAAGCGGUCCUUUAGGUUGGUCAGCAAGGUUGUGAUUACCUUUGUCGCUAAGGGCAAGAGCAAACUCUCUAUCUACACGAAAGUGGAAUGGCUAUGGUCUCCGUAUGGCCUGCAGAGCAUCGUGGAUAAGAGUGCAAGCAGUGACUUGGAACAAGACGCGCUAGACCUCGUCGACCUCGUAGGUGACCAGGUUCGCAGACUAGGCGCACAUAGUCGAACGAAAAAGGCCAUCACGAUCUUCGGCCAUGUCGGGCGUCAGAAUUUCGCCUCGCAGUUCUCACCUUCCGGGGACUUGAAGCUGGAAUCACGCAAGCCUCGCGUCCAGAGAAAUAUGGCUCACCUUUUGUUCGAGACGUUCUUAUCCUUCCUGGAGAGUGCUGUGUCAUCCCUCCUCAUGUGGACAGUUGCUUUCCUACGCUGGUCAUGGAAGACCACCAAUGCGCAUACAGUGAUCUUGUCCCUACUAUUGGCGAGCGUGCUAAUAAAUGGGUUCUAUUCGUCACGAGUUGUUCAUGAAUGGUGGGAUGACAGGAGUAUUGGAAACUUCAUGGCCCGCAUUGGAGUCGGUCCCGAUAAUGUGAUGAGUAGAGCUAUCUAUAUGAGGGAUAUCGACGAGGCCAUUGCGAACAUAACCGUCGGGCGCGGAAGCGGCAACGUAAGUGACUGCUUCGCGACGUUCCAUCAACAGACCUUGCGCGAGCCAGGGACGGCCUUGUCUUUGGGGUCGGCUGGUUUUAGAGACUCCAUGACCAAGAGCGCAGCUCGCAGGAUCCAACAGACCCGUGAACGGCUGGCUACCUACCGACACAACCUCCUAGUGGCUCUUCGAGUGGUAAAUAGCAUCGAACGAGAAGUCAUCCAGAAUGAGUGGGAGCGGUGGCUUCGACAGGAACUACGCCGCUGUCGCCAGGUCGGGAUCCUCCUCGGCCAGAAUGAUGACCUUGAUGAUGCCGAAAUGGAGGGGGAGCGAACCAACUCGAAUGCGUUCGCCAACCUGAGUGGCGACGUCAAGCAAUGGUACGGCAUGUACUGCUCCAGUUGCCAGGCCGAACGGUCACAUAUCGAAGACGAUCAUGCUUUCGGUGAGCUUUAGACAUCCAUGGCCGGUCUUGCUUGCGUGGUGCCAAUUCUCUUCUUUCAUGUGCCCUUCUUUCGUCCCAGGCUGAAACAAUACCCGACAAUGCGAGGCGAUCUGUUUUAUAUCAAUUGUAUCUCUCCAGAAGCACGGUUGUAUCUUUGUUGCCGUUCUCAGCGCAUGUAUAUAAUUUUGGUCGGGUUUGGGCUGUAAUAGUAUAAAUUGGACGAGACUCUGCUGUGCUGUGCAAACCGGUGGUAGACCGUUCCCUGUCCUCG